AUGACGAUCCUCUAUUUUGCUUUCCAGGCAGCAGUUUUCGUCCUGGGUACCGCCGUUCUAUCUUUCGCGAAUGCAGGCGUGAUCCUACCUCACGCAUUGUACGCCCCAGGUACGAUAGCUGCACCGUACGCUGCGUUCGUCCAAGGACACGAAGGCCAGUACAUCCCUGACCAUCUGGAGCACCUCUACGAUAACGGGCAGUACAGACCGCAACUCAGGGCCGUACCACUGGCACCAUCCCCAUACGGGCUCACCGUUGCCGGAUCAGGCUUGGAAGGGCAGUACGUACAUGAUUACACUGAGAAACUGUACGAUGAUGGAUCGUACAGGCCUGAACUGAGGGCAGCACCGCUCGCUCUGUCUCCGUACGGAUUGACAGUCGCAGGCUCUGGACUUGAAGGCCAGUACGUACCGGAUUUGACGGAGAAGUUUUACGAUGAUGGGUCGUACAGGCCGGGAUUUGAUCAUCACUAA